CAGUUGACGUUUCGGGUUGAGACCCUUCAUCAGGACUGGAUGCUGCCGGGCCUACUGACUUCCUCCAGCAUUUUGUAUGUGUUGAUCCUUUCUUAGCAGUGGCAUUGAUCUCUGAAGGGAUGCAGAAAGUAUUGUGUUAUACAGCAGUGUUGGCAUAAAUGAGGCUGAUGUGUGGGGACUCCAUACCAUUUGCAGUGUACCUGCAUUGGAGAUGUGAAUAGAAAACCCACUUUAUUUCUACAACAGGUCAAGAGUAAUUAGUUGUGCUUUGUGGUGAGAUUUUAGUCAUUGUUCCUGGUAACCAGAAAGGAUACGUCAUCUUAGUGUAGGAGCGGAUGGGUACAAUUUCCCCCAUUGAUACUAUAAACAUGAUUCUCAUGCUCUUAAUGGGUCAGUGUUUACAAUGAAAAGGACGGUUUUUGGGAAAUUAGUUUUAUAUUUACUCACUAUCCAGGAUGGGCACUUCACUGAAAGGUUGGCAUGUACCACCCAUUACUGAUUACCCUUGGAAAGAUGUUGGUGAGCAGCCGCCUGGAACUGCAAUCCCCUGGAUGAAGACACUCCGUGCUCCCGGGGAGGGAAUUCCAGAGAUGAGAAAGGACUGCUGAUGUGUUUCCAAGUCAGGAAGGCUUUAGUAGAAAGGGGUCACGAUGGAGCUGGAGGAGAACGCAGUGCAGAGCAGCAGUGAUGCGGCUCCCUCGGGCCAGGAAGAACCCUCUGAGAGUGGUAUGGUAGUGGAGACAUCCGAGGCUGUAUCUGCAGACAGCAGUGACACGGUGACCACUCUCAGCAUGGGAUCGGAAGCAGACAACAGCUCCGGCAUCGAUUCCGGUGUGGGCCAGAGCUCGGAGGAAUCUAUGGAGGUAGUUCCCGAAACAAGUUCCAGCACAGAUGUCAUCACCAUUGCUCACCUCCCGGACUCCUCCUCUAUUGCUCAAUCCACCAUCGUAUCCAGCGUCUCCACGGUUACACAAUCCAUCAUGGUGUCUGAAUCUGCCCAAGUACUGGUCCACUCCAGUGUUGCACCGGAUGGAACCAUGAUUGUGUCUGAUUCAACUGCUUCGACAUCCUCUGAUCUUGGGUCAGCUAUCGAUAAAAUUAUUGAACCCGAGGCCAUGCAAAGUUGUAUCGCUGUGACGAGUGCGGGCGAUGAGGGAGCCGAAGCCACUCAGUAUCUUGUAUUGCCGGGUCCUGAUGAUGGUGGUCCCAUUGAUUCUCAAAUGUCUACCUCGGAGAUGUCCAGCUCCAGGCUUUCCCACUUGUCAGGGGAUGGGUUGGCAGAAGGACCUACAUCCACCUGCACGGAUCAUCUUGAGCAGCAUGACCUGUCCAACUUGGAGGACAUGAUGGAGGUGGUGGUGGUGCAGCAGUUCAAGUGCAAGAUGUGCCCAUACAAGAGCAUUUCAAAGGACAACCUUAUCAAUCACAUGAAAGAUCGACAUCUCAACAUCGGAGGAUUUCUGUGUAAGAAGAGAGGGAGAGGACGACCAAGGAAGCAGAACAUGUCACCAAGACCAGAGGAAGUAAAAUCUCAGGAGGACAAGGAGCAAGAGCAAGAAGAUGAGGAAGAUGAUAUUGUGGAUGCUGGUGCGAUUGAUGACCGAGAAGCUGACAGCGAUUAUAACCCAGCGGAAGACGAGACGCGCGGAAGACAGCCAAAUUACAACCGCAACGUCACCACUUCAACCAGUGACCGGCCUCGCAGGCGUCCGGGGAGGCCGCGCAAGGUUUUGCAAACAGAAGCAGUGUCUGGGAUUGAUGGAGCAGAGGUUGAGGCUCUAGUUACUUCUCAGUCCAACCCAAUGGAUCUCCAGACCUCUGAAGCAGCCAGUUCGACUGCCCAGGAGAAUGGGGAUGUAUCGGCAGCCAGUGAGGUGGCAGAGUCUGGGAUUAGCCAGUCCGAUUCUGAGAACAAAGAUCCAUCAUCGAACACCAGUGAGCCGUCUUACAAACAUUUGAGAAGGCGAGGUCGCCCACCCAAAAGGUUCGGCAGGAGGAAAUACAGAGGGUACCUGGGCCGCAGAUACAAUUACUAUAGAUCAAGCAAGCCCCUGAUGAGACCCCACCAUUGUCGGAUCUGUGGCUCCCGCUUCCUGACACAAGAAGACUUGAGAUUUCACAUCGAUUCGCAUGAAGGCAAUGAUCCAGAACGCUUCAAGUGCCUGCAGUGCAGCUAUCGUUGUAAGCGAUGGUCCUCACUCAAGGAGCACAUGUUUAAUCAUGUUGGAACAAAGCCAUACAAAUGUGAGGAAUGUGAUUAUACAAGUGUUUACAAGAAGGAUGUUCUCAGACACUCUUCAAUUCACACGAAGGAGCGAAAGAAGAAAGCUGACCUGGUGCCCAAGGUGAAUUCCUACCCUUGUCCUGUUUGCUACCGGGUUUAUCCCAUGCAGAAGAGACUAACGCAGCACUUGAAAACACACAGUGCUGAAAAGCCCCACAUGUGUGAUAAGUGUGGAAAAUCAUUUAAAAAGAGAUACACGUUCAAAAUGCAUCUGCUAACCCACAUUCAGUCUGUUGGGAACAGCAGAUUUAAAUGCGAGUUCUGUGACUACAUUUGUGAAAACAAGAAGCUUCUUCUCAAUCACCAGCUUUCACAUACCACAGAUAAACCAUUUAAAUGUGACUUCUGCAAGUAUUCCACUAUCAAAGAAGACUUCCUGGUUUCUCAUGUUGCCAUUAAACAUACAGGCGAGAAGCCAUUUUCCUGUGACCUUUGCCAUUUCAAUACCAAACACAAGAAGAACCUGCGACUCCACGUGCAGUGCCGCCACCCGGAAUACUACGAGGACUGGGCGAAGAUCCAUCCUGAAGAGCCACCGCGCAGGCGACGGCCGUUCUUCACCCUGCAGCAAAUCGAGGAGCUGAAGCAACAGCACGAGCAGAUGCAGUCUACACAGGAAAGCAUACGGGAUACCAUUAUGCCCCUGACGUACCACACUGUUCCAACAUCAAUAGUCAAUCAGGAUUCCUUAGGAACUGCUACUAUCAUUUAUGAACAAGGUACAAGUGAAUCAUCGGAGAUUGCAGCACAAAAUGCCCUGGACCUCUUGCUAAAUAUGAGCACGCCAAGGGAGCUUGUUACAAAUUCAUUACAGGUAGCAGUACUAAAGUCAGACAGUACAGUCCAAGACCAGUCCUCACAAGAAUCUCAAGACCAUGAGGAGGAGCAGUUGACCAUGUCACCCCAACACAAAAUCGUUGCACUUCAUGUGGGUGAACACGGUGAGACUGUGGUCCAGGAGAUGUAUGAAACUACCACCAUAGAUAGCUCUGGAAUCCCCCAGGUUACCAUUAGCCCAUACACCAAUGGCACAGAAUACAAUAUUGUCACACCGGGAAGUGAGGAGAUGCAGCACACCGCCACAGUGUACAGUGGCUCCAGUGGCAGUGGGGACGUGGCUCACACCGUGUUAGUCAGUGGUGAUGAGUUAAAGCAACACCAGGGUCGCUUUAUCAUGACAAACUUGCAGGGGAACCAGUUCCAGCAGAUUGAGUUUGCAGGGGACAUCACAUCUCCGCCAGUUGAUUCAAGCCUGCAGUCGUCAAUGAAGAAGUUCUCCUGCAAGAUAUGUACUGCGUCAUUUCAUGGCCGAGCAGAGAUGGAGAGUCACAAGAGGGCACACGCAGGUGAACACGGCUUCAAAUGUCUUGAUUGCAACUUUGCAGCCAACACAUGGCCAGAAGUACGAGAUCAUAUGUUGCAGCAUUCCAACUUAAGACCUCACAAAUGUAACCAGUGUAGUUUUGCAUCCAAGAACAAGAAGGAUCUUCGGCGGCAUCUACUCACACACACAAAUGAGAAGCCUUUCGCCUGUGAUAUUUGUGGACAAAGGUUUAAUCGAAAUGGCCACCUGAAGUUUCACAUCGAGCGACUGCACAGCUCGGACUCUCAUCAGAAGAAGCCUCGGCAGCAGCAUGUCAUCCUGAACAGUGAUGACGAAACAAUCGCUCUGCAGACAGACGAUGCUGUCAUUUCCUCUGAUCGAUUCCAGGCCUUGGCCCAGGACCACAUCAUUGUUGCCCAAGAACAGUCCAUUUCUGACCAGGAUGAGACAACGUACAUCCAACACAUAACGUCUGACGGACAGACUGUUCAACAUUUGGUAACGGGAGAUAACCAGGUGCAAUACAUAAUUUCACAGGAAGGUGUACAGCAUCUUGUUCCACAGGAGUACGUGGUUGUCCCUGAUGGUCACCAUAUUCAGGUUCAAGAUGGUCAAAUCCACCACAUACAAUAUGAAUCGGAUCCACAGAUACACCAGGUCUUAGAGGGACAGCAGAUUGCAGUGAGCCAUGAUGGACAGAUCCAGUAUGUGCCGAUCACCGACCGACAGGUAGUGACACAAGCAGAGCUGGAGGCUGCUGCACACUCAGCAGUGACAGCUGUAGCAGAUGCUGCCAUGGCUCAGGUCCAAGGGAUCUACACCACGGAAGCUACGGAGGAACAAAUCCAGCAGCUACAGUAUGAGAUGGCUCACGCUGAGGUCAUUACGUAUUCAGAAGACUGAUGCAAUGCAGGAGGAGGAAAUGAAGACUUGAGCACUUUUUUUCCAGCAAGAGAUGGAAGACAGUGAGGCCAGGAGAUGAGACAAAAAAAUAACUUGCCCCUUCACUGCCUCAUAUCAAUAACUUGGUUUGCUCCUCAAAUUCUCCUCACCACCUCUUGCAUGUAGUGAACAAAUGAAAAGCUGAUUUGUACACCUUGCUUCCAGCUAUCCACCUCAACCUUUCCUUAUCAACAGGGCCUUUGCAGAUUGGUCAAUGAUUAGACCAAUGUGUAAACUUGGUACUAAAUCUUUGCAAAAAGCCUGAACUGCAGAUCUUUUUUUUUGAAGUUUAUUAAAAGGUUUAGCACAAUG